CUUUGAUGUACACCUCUCUCUGGCAACCAAUUUCAAUCUUCUUACUCAUUGGUCCUUUCUCUACCCAUUAAGUUUUCCAACUGCCCUCCAUUUUUUUCUUAUUUCCCCGUCUCUGUCUGAGACGAAGUUGCCUCUGCGCGAUUGUUUACCAUCUUCUCCUGUAACACUGUGGCGGUGAUGUUUUUCUCCGUUGUUUCUUCUCUUUUUUGGAGAGUGGGUUUUGGUGGGUUUGUGUAAUUGGCGUAGGGUGAGCCUGUGAAUUGGAUUGAAGGGACCGCAAUCUUUGCAGUUUGAGAUGGAGGAUUGAUGUUAAGGGCUUUAUCAAGUAUGGCUAUGGCGAUUUCGGGAUACAGGGGAGGUGUGGGGCUUUCAAGGUAAUUGAGGCAGGUGUCACUCAAGGCUCGAGAUCUAGUUACUGGAUGAUAGAGAUUGUGUGAGGGGUGAGAUUGUGAAGUUCUGAUGACAUGGAUUUGUGAAUCGUGGGAAUCCGGAGUGAUAAUUAGGGCAGGAGAGGAAGAGGCAGGGGAGAGGAUGUCGGAGGUGGCCACGAUGCAACAGGAUAAGAGUAGUCCCUUGAAGCAUGUCGGCCAAGAUUUGGCUGAAGAACUAGAUCGAAUUUCCGAUGACGAAGAGAAUUGCCCACCUAGUUCAGUCAUGGAAGACAGAAUCUGGGGUGUACUCCCUCAAGAACUUCAAGACAGUCUCUUGGCCAGCCUCCCCAUAGUUCACAUUUUCCGGAUGCGGACCGUCUGUAAACGCUUCCAAUCUCUCACUCUGUCCCCCUCGUUUCUUAGCUCGUGGACCGCCCUCUCCACCCAAGAGCACUGGCUGCUCAUGUUCCAUCGUCAAGACACUGCCCCAUGGAUGUCCAUGGCCGCAUACGAUUCCAAUGUUAAGCAGUGGUAUAACCUCCCCGUCCUCCGCCCCUUCUUCCCCAAACAGGGCAAUGUCUCUCUGGCCUCCUCUCAGGGCCUCCUCUGCAUCGCUUCCGUCGAAGAAACGCAGACGCUCGUAGUCUGGAACCCUCUAACAAACCUCUCCAGAGAGCUCCCCGGCAUGAUUAUCAAGAACACCAUGUGUGUAGGCCUCGUGGUAGACAAUUCUACCAAAGAGUUCAUAAUCGUCGUCGUAGGUCAAACCGAAGAUUGCCUCCAAACCACGGAGGUGUACGACUCUACUCUGGAGUCUUGGAAGAGAAUGCAAACAUCCCUAAUCGAAUGGUACGGGUGCUACUCCGAUCCAUUAGUCUACUGCAACGGCUGCUUCCAUGUCAUCUCAGCCCACAAGAACGGACCUUUCAGGUUAUGUUUGGUCUCCUACGAUCUAAAACAAGGUGUUUGGAAGGAGAAGUGUAAGCUCCCUAUCACCGCAGGAUUAUCCUUCGCCAGCCCCUCGCUCUUCGAAGUCAAACCGGGGAGGCUCUUUCUCGCCGAAAGGACCUUCCCUGGACAUAAUCAAGCUUACGCUAUCCAUCUUUGGGAGCUCGUGCAGUCCGGAAGCAAUGUCGAAUGGAUUCAGAUUGCGGCUGUACCACCAGAGAUCAUCGAGGAGCUCCGGCGGGAGUUUUGGGUGUCGUCCUACUUCAAAUGCCAGGCUAUUGGCAACCUGGUGUGCUUCAUUGGCAACAAUGAUUUCCGCGGACUGGUUUAUGAUUUGUCUUGGAAAGCUUGGCAUUGGUUGCCACGCCGGAGAGAGCGGUUUUUUGAUCACGUUGUAUCCUUUGAGCCUAGGCUAGACAUGCUGAGUGCAUGAUGUUUGUACAAUUUUACAUUUUCUUUUCGUCAAUGAUUUUUAUAUAUUGACAGUUUCGAUCUGCCCGUUGUAGAAAUUUUAGGUUUUAGGCAUCCAACCCCUUGAAGUAAGCGGGUUUUUUUGGCUUGUCAAAUCAAACUGUCUUCUCCAAACCACAUGGAAGUGAAGUUAAUGAUGGAGUUAUUUAGACUUAGUGAUGAGAUGUUCCAGCAGGGUAUAGUUUAUUUAUAAUUGUCUACAGAUUUUGAGGUUUGCAGGUGCUUGUGUGUGCUGUCUCCUGUUACUGGAUCUGAGGAAUAAACCCUGGGGUUUACGGGAAAUAGCACUUAUUGCUACAUGCAA